AAAGACCAACUACUGUUGCUACUGAAGGAAUUUUUUUUAUUUUGUUUCGACUCAGACCAACACGGCUACCUACCUGUAACUAUUCUGCAAACAUUUCUUCUUUUACUUUUAUCCUGAAGCAUCAGGGCCAGCCUUUAUUUAAAAUAAAGUAAAUUAACAACAGCUAUCACAGAGGUAAUGAUCAUCCCUGCAGCAAGCAAAAUAGAAUAAUAGGUAUUCUUUGGCAGUGGUAUUUGCCACUGAUAACUGGCUGCUUUCCUGUUCAGAUACACCAGUGGUUUUCAACCAGUGUUCUCUGGCACCCUGGGGUGCCUUGAGGGAUGGCAGGGGCAACACUGGCCUCUGUCCCUCUUUCCUUCCCUCUGAUGCCCUCUCACAUCUCUACCACCCAAAGGCUUCACAGCUGUUUGUUGCAGCAGCCUUGGCUACAAGCUUCCCAGGCCACUCUGGGGCAGUGUUAGGAGGCACCUCUUUUUGGGGUGGUGGCAGCAGCUGCCUGGAGGAGUCCCAAGGAGAGGGGAGAGGAGGCUAAGGGAACACUCCACAAGGUAGGGUGUUCGAAAGAGGGUAAGAGGCUUCCAGCUCUGCAGGCAAGGGGAGACAUAACUGGGCUCUUGAGCCCCACAGGGGUGCCGCAGAAAGAAUGUAGUUGGUCAAGGGAACUGUGGACUCAAAAAGGCUGAAAACCACCUACAAUUACUCUAGGUGGCCAGUUGGAAAAAAACUUUGCUUUUCUUCAAGUUUGUCCCUAAUUGCUGCAGGGCCAGGAGGCAGCAUCUCCAUUCCUGCAAUUUCUAAAACUUCUUUAAUUUCAUUUUGGCAUUAAGCUGACACCUGUGUGGUGGCAUCCCUAACUUCAUGGAAUAUUUGAUCAUAUUUGACUGCAUCUUCAUCUUCUUCUUUGGUGAUCACUUGUAGCCAAGUAAGAUUGUCUUCUAUAAUCACAGUUUUAAAAGUGAGUCCGUAAGUGACUGUGGAGGCCAUUUCUGGAUCCACAUGUCCUUCCACAGGGGACAUACCGGUAGGUUUCUGGGCAGGAGUUGAUCAUGGUGAGGGUUUGCCAAGCGUGCCUUCCUCUUAGCAUGUUUCUCUCUUUUGUCCUGAGUUCAAGCAUCUUCAAAACCCAUGACACCUUUGGUAAAGGCUGUUCUCCAAUUGGUGCGCUAGCAGGCCAGUGUUUCCCAGUUGGCUGCAUUUAAUGGACAGUCAGUUGACAAUAUUUGAUCAGUCAAUUGACCCAAGUGGCAAUUCUAUAAGUACGCAAGGCUCAUCAGAUUUGUGGUGCUUGGGAUGUCUGGGCUUCCUCAAUGCAUAAAUCAGACAGAUUAGGAAGAUAAAAUGGCCACUCUGAGUAAUGACAGCUGUUGCAGGCAAAAUUUGCAAUGGGGCAAAGCAGAAUAAAACUGGAGAAGGUAAUAGAAACGGGGCCAAGAGUGCAGGGGACAUUCAGCUUCGAUAAAGACAGUUGAGAAAAAUAAUAUGCUGGGACAGUAAAUUUGUCCAUUGCCAAGGGAACUCUCCCAAACCAGAAUGCCAGAGCUAAUUUGUGUAUUCUGCUUAGGACAGGUGUGGGGGACAAUUGAUUGAUCAAACAGUGCCUGUUGAGCAGUCAAUUAACUUCAAUCAGUUACUUCAUGCAUGAAAAUAAUGCCUACCUUUUUUUAUUGUAGGGACGCAGGUGGCACUGUGGGUUAAACCACAGAGCCUAGGGCUUGCUGAUCAGAAGGUCGGCUGUUUGAAUCCCUGCGAUGGGGUGAGCUCCCGUUGCUCGGUCCCAGCUCCUGCCAACCUAGCAGUUCGAAAGCACGUCAAAGUGCAAGUAGAUAAAUAGGCGGGAAGAUAAACGGUAUUUCCGUGCGUUGCUGUGGUUCGCCAGAAGCGGCUUAGUCAUGCUGGCCACAUGACCUGGAAGCUGUACGCCGGCUCCCUCGGCCAAUAAUGCAAGAUGAGCGCCGCAACCCCAGAGUCGGUCAUGACUGGACCUAAUGGUCAGAGAUCCCUUUACCUUUACGGGAUUGUUUUGUAACAAUAAAGUCUCUAUUUCUGAGCCCUGCAAAUGCCAAGUUACAACUUGCCCUGUAAUUCCUAAAAGCAUUCCACUCUCUUACCUUCCUAUUAACCACAUGACCUAGCUCAAGGGUGGCUAACCAUUUUUUCUUUUUUUCAGUCAAGGGCCACUUUCACUCUUGACAAAUCCCCUGGAGCAGGUGUUGCUGCUCCACACAGUUGUAUGCACAUCCAUAUGCACACUCCCUCCCUCCUCAGUUGAUCCAUGGAGUCUGAUGAUGAGGUGGCUUCCAUCCCCCACACCAGGGGUUCCCAACAAAAUUUUCUCGAGGACCCCUCAUCGAGCCGCAAUUGUGACAAGGACCCCCAUUAAUUCCUAAUCCUAAAAUUAAAAAGUGAGAGCCAAAUUAAGAGUCUUUUUAUAUUUUAUAUUUAUACGUUUUUACAGUUACAACAGAGUACUCCAUCAGUAUACAGUUAGUUUUAAUUUUCAGUUCUUAAUGAGAUGAGUUAAAUCUGUCCUUUGAGUCCAUUAUUUCUGAAAUAUUAGGUUCCAAACUUGAAACUUUCACUCUGAAAUCCGACUGCAUGUUGAGCCGAUUCCUAUAUUUGUUUUUCAUGAAACACAUGCAAGAAAAUGCUUGCUCACACCAAUAUGUGGUUGCAAAUGGAAGGAUCUUUUUCAUUGCCUUAUCUCCAAGUUUCUUGUAGUCCUUGCGGCAUACAGCAGAACUACUGCCUCUAUCUAAUUCUAGUUUUGCGCUAGACUCUGCUCAUGCAGGAAGCGGCCAAAACAAAAAAUCUGUUAUCAUACAAAAUAUAUUUAAUAUAUUUUUUAUUCUAAUAGGAUCUUGAGGACCCCUCUGGCAUAGCUCGCGGACCCCUGGGGGUCCCCGGACCACCUGUUGGGAACCACUGCCCCACACCAUUCCCCCCCCCACAGUCGCCAAAAUCAGUAGAGUCUUGGUGGGGGUCAGCAACGUUUUCUUAGAGGACCUGGAUUAGACUGCCAAGGGGACAGUUAGCCACCCCAGUAGCUUCACCUACUAGCUGGAUGCUGCACUGCCAGCUCUGAACAGUACAGGUUUACAGUUCAGUAGGGAGCAACACACACAAGCAAUUUCACCUAAGUCACAAGUUCCCGUUCAUCAGUAGACGAUCACUAAAUCCAUUGCAUUUGAUAUGGUGAGGCUUUAUCAAGUGCUCUGAAACUGUCAUGAUUAUGGGAGCAAAUUGUGGAAUGUUCUUAUAAUAAGCUGUGUUCUUAUAAUAAGCAUAAUUGCCAUUAUUCUUUUAUUACUGUUCUUAAGAUAAAAUGCUCUAAAUUUGUCCAAUAUUUUGACCAGUCAAAUGGCAAACCAAAUUCUUGUUUCCCUCUAAAUGGUGGUAAUAUAGUCAGCCCUCCUGCAGGCUCUGUAGGCUCUGAGAGAACUUCAGUUUUCAGAAUAGGCGAUGAAAUAAUUAAGAGAGAUCUUUGUGGGGCACUCUUUACCUACUCAGCUUUUUCUCUGCUAUCAGAUUAUUUGGACACUGAGUGUUCAGGAUUCUUAUUAUUUUGGAGGAAGAUGGCACACAAUGAGAUAAUUGGAUAAUGCCAGCGUUGUGAUAGCAGAAUGACUUGAAUUGUUAUUUGGUUUUGAAAAUAAUGUGUCGAUUUAUAGACACAGAUGUCUUCUGUUUAGAAGAGAAAGAUGAUGUAAAUACAUUCUACUGAAAUUAUUGUUUGAACAACCUAUAAAUAGCCUAUCCUUCAACUCAGUUUGCUAAAGCCAGUUAGGCAGCCAGAGCAAGUUUUUUUGAAAUGAAAGGGGCUGAGUGCUGGAGUUAGAUACUCCGUUUCUAUUAAAAGAUGAUAGAAGAUGAAUGCUUAUUAAAAAAAGAUUUUUCAGAUACCUUGCAGAGCUAUUUCUGCACAGUCUACAGUUCCACCUUAGCCUGAUCCUGUCAGAUGCUAUUUUGGAAAAUAAGAAUAUAAGGUUCAUGUGCCAGGAUUUCUGUGGCUCCUCAGAGUGAAGAGUAUGGCACUGAGAUUGCAUCACAAGAAUUCCAAAGCAUGAUAAUACAGCAGCACGGCUCGAUAGUACUGUGCUGAUAACCAGUAAGUACCACUGCAAACAACAAAGCAAAAUAAUUUUCAAGCCCACCCUCCAAAAUUUUGGGAAGAUUAUUGAAGUACAUAUGAAUUGCUCAGUUGGAAUAAACCCUUACUUUCACCUUGGGAUAAUCAAGUGAUAAUGCUGUUUAUGGCUGCAAGGCGAAAUUACUGCUUAUUGGUCCAGGACGGUUGAUAGAUUUUUCAUUAAUGGGAGCUAAUUGUUAGGAAGUAGUUAGAGAACUCUGAGUGUUUUGAGUAAGAGUUAGCAGAGCUGGGAACGUUAUGCCUACCAUGCUAAGGGGGAAGACAGCUGAUGUAAGAGGGGUACCAGUAUGUGCUGCUGUGUGUGCAUGUGAAUAAAAAAAAGAAACCACUUUUGGAACCGGGCAGGAUACAAAGAGGGAAGCUGUGAAUGGAAGCAUCUUGAAGUGCCAGUGCCUUUCCAGGGAUCUGGUGUGGCAUAGUAGAUAUUGCCUCUUAUGGUAGAACAAUCACUGCUUUCAUGUAUGCUCUGCUUGCAUAUUUGUACAUACUGUAAGCCAAACAUGAUAAAAAUGUCGGUCUCCAGCACUCAAAGGAAAGCAAAACCUGGGAGGUGAUUUUCCUGGAACUUUUCACCUCUUAAAGAAUAUGGAACGAUAUCAGCAUGUCGCUCACAGUCCUAGUAAAUUUGAGUUAGCAUUUUGCAUUUGCUUAUUUUUACUGGCUAAGAUAUCUAUAGAUAGAAUUUCACCCCCUUCAGCUUACCACUCACAUCUUCUGUUGCUUUGAUUUCCGAUGUCUGGUUUUGUCACUUCUCUAAAUCUACCAGGGUGCAGGUGGCAGAACCAUUGAGGCUUGCAAACUUGCCUGUUGAUAUUACUAAUCACAUUGUUCCUUUUUCAAACCCUGCAUUUUGUUUCUUUGCCUUCAAAGGGUUUAUGCGGGGGGACGGGGGUUUGCUGAGCUCGCAGGGCUUAUUUGCAGAAUCAGGCUCCAACGUGCUUGACAUUUCCAUGCUUGACAUUCUGAGAUAAUGACCUUGGUUUAUAUGAAGAGAGAUCUCAAGGGCUUUUCUGCUGAGUUAAGGUUAUGUGAAUCAGGGACAGGUAUAUUUCAGUAGAGCUGCGAAUUGCGCCCCCAAAAGUAGUUAGUCCUACUAUUAUUUAUAUGGUGAAAGGGAUAUAUCAGGGGUUGCCAACUUCCAAGAGACUGCGAUCUACUCACAGAGUUAAAAACUGGCAGUGAUCUACCCCCUUUUGGGGGUUCAGGUUGAGGUUGAGCUUUUUUUUUAGGAAGGAAAGCCCUGUUUUGGGGGAUUCAGGGCAAACAUGUAGAGUUUUUUUAGGGGAGCCAAAGUUGCUGAGCUUCUUUGGGGGGAGCCAGUGAUCUACCACAGACGUCCAGUGAUCUACCAGUAGAUCAUGAUCUACCUGUUGGACAUGCCUGGGAUAUAUCAGCAGACCUAAGGUAUGGUGUAUUAAAGGCUGUUACCAGUCUACUCAUGCAUGAUAACAGUGUUUGUCUUGCCUGGAAAAAUAGUAGUGAAGGAACAAAUGCUUUCUUACACUUUACAUAAUUACUUUGUGCAGUAAAACAGAGAACUUGGCUCUUGGUGCAUGUGCAUUUCCACAUAGUGAUAUGUUGCUAGGAAGGAGCCUACCAUGAAAGUAUAGUUGUUUUCUUUGUUUAAGGUGCAAUCUUAUGGCCCUUGGGGCUGUGAUUCAUAUUUCAGGAGACAAAUACUGGUUAGUUACAGCUGUUGACGAGAUAGGAGCAUCAUCAGUAUAUUUCCUUAGAACUUUGUCAUGGGUGUGAGAUGUUGGAUGAGACUGCUAUUGAGCACUGUAUCUUUCCCCAUUCUGUUUUUUUGUGGCUAGAUGGAAGGACUGGAGAGGAACAAAAAGCUUGGGCUGCCAGCACAAAGUAACAUGGAACAACCAUUCACUGUAAGUUCAUUGAAAAGGCUAGCAGCUAUACCUGACCACACAGAUGUUUCACUGAGCCCAGAGGAGCGUGUACGUGCCUUAAGCAAACUUGGUUGUAACAUCACAAUAAAUGAAGACAUUACUCCACGGCGCUACUUCAGAUCUGGAGUGGAGAUGGAGCGCAUGGCAUCUGUAUAUCUGGAAGAAGGAAAUCUUGAAAAUGCCUUUGUUCUCUAUAAUAAGUUUAUAACUUUGUUUGUAGAAAAGCUGCCCUGUCAUCGAGACUACCAGCAAUGUGCAGUUCCAGAAAAACAGGAUAUCAUGAAGAAACUGAAGGACAUAGCCUUUCCAAGAACUGAUGAAUUGAAGAAGGAGUUGUUAAAGAAAUAUAAUGCAGAAUAUCGGGAAUAUAUGCAAGACAAGGGCAAAUGCAAAGCUGAAUUACUCAAGAAGCUAGAGCAACAGAAACUGAUAGAAGCAGAGAAGAAGCGGAUUGCACAGAUUCGUCAGCAGCAGCUGGAAACAGAACAGUUUCAGUUUUUUGAAGAUCAACUGAAGAAGCAAGAAAGAGCCCGUGAUGAGAAAACUAAGGAUAAUUCAAUUACAUCUGAGCAGACUGAUGGCAGCACGUUAUCAUCGUGCACUGCAACACAUCUGAAUAAUUCUUUCCCCACAACAAUUGCAAACAAGAGCGAUGGACAGUCUCCUCCUAUAAGUCGGGCCUUAAAGCCAGCUGCUACUCUAAGUGCUGUUCAGAACAAUGUGGCUGAAGGGCUGCGAAGUGUGGUUCUGCCCAAGGAUCUUUGCCACAACUUUCUGCUGCUAGCAGAGGCAAAUACAGUAAGAGGAAUAGAGACAUGUGGAAUUCUCUGUGGAAAACUGACCCAUAACGAAUUCACUAUUACUCAUGUGAUAGUGCCAAAACAGUCUGCGGGGCCAGAUUAUUGCGACAUGGAGAAUGUGGAAGAGCUGUUCAGUGUUCAAGACCAACACGAUCUCCUCACUCUGGGCUGGAUCCAUACACAUCCAACGCAGACGGCAUUCUUAUCCAGUGUUGAUCUUCAUACACAUUGUUCUUAUCAGCUAAUGCUACCGGAGGCUAUUGCAAUUGUUUGUUCACCAAAACAUAACGACACGGGAGUCUUCAGACUUACUAAUGCUGGCAUGUUGGAAGUUUCUGCUUGUAAAAAGAAGGGCUUUCAUCCCCAUACCAAGGAUCCUAGACUAUUUAAUAUAUGUAAACACGUCAUUGUGAAAGAUGUAAAAAUAACUGUAUUGGACCUGAGGUGAUGUGGAUGGGAAAACAAACCACCUCAAAAACCGCUGCCCAAAGGAGAACAUGGCUGCCAGAUUUUCCUACAGUGUUUUCCAAAAGUUACUGACAUUUUAUAUUUGUACAUUUUAGAUUUAAUAAUUUGAUAUUUAUUGCCCUUUCCCAUUUUGAGGUUAUUUUGUUGUUCUGUCAUGAUAGAGUUCAUGGUGGCAUUCAAUCAGGAUAUGUUAUUAUGCUGAAAUACUAUGAAAAUAAAGUGGACUUGAAAUGGUGACAGUGGUGGAACAUUUGCAGCGCAUCUGAAUUUUCUGUCUUGGAUUCCAUGACUUUUGUGAACUGCAGUUUUUCAGCUGAGUAAGAACAACUGGAGGUGUUUUUAUUAAGAAAAAUUGCAAGCACCCAACUGGUAGCAUGUUUACAAUUUAUUCUAUCCCCACCCACCCAAAAUACACAGCAUCUAAUUGGAAACAUAGCCAGAGCCGUUGUUAUUAAGAUAUGUGGAAUGGAGUUAUAAAAACAUUGCUAUUCCUGAAUAUAUUCACAGUAAUGUGCUCGGGGAGAGAGGAAGGGAGGGGGAGGAGGAAAGAGAGAAGCAGUUUAAAAGCAUUUGCGGUGAACAAUGGAUGGACCAGCUUCAUCAUAUUCUUGUUUGCUGAUCCACAUUUGCUGGAAGGUGGAAAGAGAGGCAAGGAUAGAGCCACCGAUCCAAACGGAGUACUUGCGUUCAGGGGGAGCAAUAAUCUGUACAAAAGAGAAAUGGAAGGAUGCAGCUAAAAUGCUGUAGGCAAUGAUAAAAUGAACUGCAUGAAGAAAUUUAAUUCAGUGGAGUGAUGCAAGCCAUUCCUAUGGCAAAAAUGGGUAAACAAAGGAGUUGUAUCUGUCCAUACUUGUGUAUCUGACACAGGCAGGUAAGAGCUGCUUCUAAGUCUUCCUAUCUAAAGGAGUGCUUAUGCAAUCAUUUUUGACAGGAGAAAAGUAAACACGGGGAUAUCUUUCACCUGGGGCAAUUCAGUAUUCUUGCAAAAGCACUCUUAUGUGAUCAUUUUAUAUUUUGCCCUGUUUUUAAAGGCAGUUUAAAUUGGGUGGGUUAUUUCCUGCAAAACCUUGGGGAAGAUCACCUCCUUACAGGAGCUUAACCAUGGUAUCAUCAGGAAAUAAUCUAAUUAUAUUUUCUUGCAAGAUUUUUUUUUUAAUGGUGUAAACUCGCCCUAGAAUCACUGUGCUGCUGGGAAUCCCCUCUGCUCAGUCUUCUACUUUCUUCAGUUCCUGUCUUUCCCUAUAUUGGCUUGGGAGUGGGAUAAGUUGUUUUGUUAGCUUUAAUCUUUUCUGCAUUGAGAUUUUAUUCAGGGCUUUACAUAUCCGUUUCUGGCUUAUUUUAGUUGCAUUAAAAUAUGUAAGCCAGCUAGUCACCUUAAAAUAUGCUGGCCUACUUUGCCACCAUAAAUUACAUAAUAAUCAAAUAAUGCAUUACCUUGAUUUUCAUAGUGCUGGGUGCAAGGGCAGUGAUCUCCUUUUGCAUUCGGUCUGCAAUGCCAGGGUACAUCGUGGUUCCACCAGAGAGUACAUUGUUUGCAUAGAGGUCUUUUCUGAUAUCAAUGUCACACUUCAUGAUGCUGUUAUAGGUGGUUUCAUGAAUGCCAGCAGAUUCCAUGCC